UUCGCCACGUGGAUUCGUGCAUUAUAAUCGGAUGCAAACCUAUUUAUAUUCCACUCUUUAUUCUCCUUUUCUUGUCCGCCUUUCUCCUCUUUCCCUUUCUCUCUUACCCUUCUUUCCCUCUCCGCGCUCUCUCUCUCUCUCUCUCUCUCUCUCUCUCUAGUCCCGUCGCCCCUCUUUAUCGCCUCCUCUGCCCUUUUACUUCACACAACUCUACAAAUCCUAGAAGCUUAUACGGAUUGUAUGGAUCUUCUUCUUCCUUGAGUUUUCUCGAAGACUCGAUUCUGGGUUUCGCUAGUGGAGGGAAUCGGAGGUAGACAGGGCGAAGCGGAUCCGUUAUGGCGAUUUCGACCAGCUCUAUCUACAUCAAUGUCAUUGAAGAUGUUGUCAACAAGCUUCGCGACGAGUUCACUGAUAAUGGUCCUGGAGAGGACGUUCUCAAGGAGCUUCAAGGAAUGUGGGAGGCGAAAAUGAUGCAAGCGGGUGCCGUGAACGGUCCCAUAGAGAGGUCUGCACCGUCGAAGCCCACACCCGGUGGUCCAAUAACUCCGGUUCACGAUCUCAAUGUUCCGUAUGAGGGGACUGAAGAGUACGAAACUCCUACAGCUGAUUUACUCUUCCCGCCGACGCCACUACAAACUCCAAUUCAAACCCCUUUACCGGGAACUGCUGACAACGCGAUGUAUAAUGUUCCUACUGGACCCAGCGACCACUCUGCAUCUGGUACUGAUGCUUCUCCAGCUGUUACCACUCCUGGAGGUAGCGCUAGUAAUGUUGAUGUCCGAUCUGGAAGGCCAACCCAAUUUAUGCAACCACCCUCUUGGAUGGGUCAAAAAGCUCCUGUAGACGUUAAUAUUGCAUAUGUGGAGGGGCGUGAUGAAGCAGACAGGGGAGUUCCUCACCCAGCCCUUACACAGGACUUUUUCAUGAUGAACUCUGGGAAGCGAAAGCGUGAUGGUUUUGCUUCCCAGUACCAGACCAAUGGGUUUAUACCGCAGCAAGAUGGAGCUGGAGAUGCUGCCAACAGUGUAUUUGAGAUUGAGUCUUUGAAGCUCCUUAACGGUAAGCUUUUACAGAUAAGUGGAUGCAAAGCUUCUGAUGGGAGACCUGGCGUUAUCACUUCUGCAAAGAGUGCAACAUCGACACAUAUUGAAAGAUCAUUAUUCAAGAUUCCUCAACUUGAUGGACCGAUACCUGAUCCUUACGAUGAUGUGCUUUCGACACCCAAUAUAUACAACUACCAGGGUGUCUUUAAUGAAGACUACAACAUAGCAAAUACACCAGCACCUAAUGAUCCACCAGCUGGCACUCCUGCUGUUGUCACCCAGGAUGAUGUUGGGGAGGAGGAGGAGGAUGACGAGCCUUCAUUGAACGAAGACGACGAUGACGACGAUUUGGAUGAUGUGGAUCAGGGAGAGGAAGUGAGCACACAGCAUUUAGUUUUAGCUCAGUUUGAUAAGGUUACUCGUACCAAGAGUAGGUGGAAAUGUACACUCAAGGAUGGAAUUAUGCACAUUAACAACAAGGACAUUCUCUUCAACAAGGCAACUGGGGAAUUCGACUUCUGAAUUUUAGUAGAGGCAUCAUCUUCAAUGAGGGAAAAGGAUAUGUUGAUGAUUCCUUAUGUGUAUUUUGAUAAAUGUUAUUAGUAGCGUUUGUUUUGUAUAUAACGAAUGAGAGCUCUAUCGGCCUUCAAUGCAUGGCAACUUGAGGAUUUUCCAGAAA